GAGCCCCAAAAUGGCGGCUAAGAUGGAGAUAACUUUGAGCUCGCAGUCCCACAUUCAGGCUUCCUCCAAGCAAGAGAGACAUAUAAUAGCAAAGCUAGAAGAAAAACGGGAGCCCGCUCUGCAAAAAGACUGGCCCGAUCCUGAGCUCUCCCGCCAGAGUUUUAGACGGUUUUGUUAUCAAGAGGUGUCUGGACCCCAAGAGGCGCUCUCCCGUCUCCGGCAGCUCUGCCGUCAGUGGCUGCAGCCUGAGGUGCACACCAAGGAGCAGAUUUUGGAGCUGCUGGUGCUGGAGCAGUUUCUGAACAUCCUGCCUCCGGAGAUCCAGGCUCGGGCCAGGCAUCAAUGUCCAGUGAGCAGCAAGGAGAUUGUGACCCUGGUGGAAGAUUUUUACAGAGCAGCCAAGGGACCAAAGCAGUGGGUGGCUGUUUGUAUGGAGGGCCAGAAGGUGCUCUUGGAGAAAACUGGAUCCCAGCUUGGAGAACAGGAACUGCCAGACUUUCAACUGCAAACUCCUAGCAGAUAUCCCAGGGAGAGCUCUCUGGAGGAGACGUCCCAGGCAGGAUCUCAGGAUCAGCGGAGCCCCCGUCAUUGGGAAAAAUCCCUGCUCCUCCAGGACCCAACCCCCAAAUUGGCUGAGACAGAGCUACUUAUAGUGAAGACAAAUCCAAAUAUGACCACUGAUGAACUUCCAUUCAAGCUGUGGCUGAGUUUCGUCACUUAAAAUGGUCCCACGUUUAGAAGGGACCUAAACAAGAUUCUGCUAAUUAGAGAAAAAAGCUCCUCUCCGUUUUAUUUUCUGCCUCUUUCUCCUCCUGUGACAUUGUCUGUGUCCAUUUCUUUAUCUUUCUCUGGUACAAUGCCAGUAUAAUUGCUGGCCCUGCUCUACACAGUCCUGUGGUCUCUCUGACUGAAUGAAAGUGACACUUUGGCCAGUCUUGGUGAUGUGAAUACAGGAUAUGGUCAACAGAUUAGAGAAGAAGGUUACAAGAAAGCUAGAUUCCUUAAGAUUUGCUACAUUCAACGAAACACUUUGAUUUCAUUAUUCUCAAAGCUCAUGAAUGGAGAAGACCUAGGGCAUCCAGCAGGAAAGCACUGUGGCCCUGGCUGAGGUCCCACCCCAUAACCUACGGCCUUCAUGGUCCUAAAGAAAGUGGACCACACGUACUCCCUUCUUCUGCCUCAGCAGAGGCAGCUGGGUGUGCAUGCUGUCUCCAUUUCCUUUUAUUUGAUUCCAGAGAGGGUGGAGUCUCAUGCUCAAGGUUCAUCCAUGUUGUAGCAUGUGUCAGUACUUCAUUCCUUUUUAUGGCUGAAUAAUAUUCCACUCUGUGGACAUUUCGUCUGUUUAUCAGUUGAUGGACACUUGGGUUGUUUCCACUUGUUGGCUAUUAUGAAUAAUGCUGCUGUUAACAGUUGUGUACAAGUUUUCGUGUGGGUGUCUAUUUUCAUUUCUCUUGGGUGUACACCCAGGAGUGGAAAUGCUGGGUACUAUGGUAACCCACCGUUUAACCUUUUGAGGUUGGACUUUUCCAAAGUGGCUGCGCCAUUUUACAUCCAGUAGUCUAUGAGGAUUCCAAUUUCUCUACAUCCCUGUUGACAGUUGUUAUUUUUUGUCCUUUUUAUUGCAUCCAUCCUAUUAGGCAUGAAGUGGUAUCUCAUGGAGGUUUUGAGUUAUUUCCCUAAUGACUGAUGAUGUUGAGCAUAUUUUCAUGUGCCUAUUGGCCAAUUGUGUAUCUUCUUUGUAGAAAUGUCUAUUCAGAUCCUUUGCUCAUUUUUUUUUAAUUUAUUUAUUUAUUUAUUUUUGGCUGUGUUGGGUCUUCAUUGCUGUGCACGGGCUUUCUCUAGUUGCAGUGAGCGGGGGGUACUCUUCGUUGUAGUGUCCGGGCUUCUCAUUGCUGUGGCUUCUCUUGUUGCGGAGCACGGGCUCUAGGCAUGCAGGCUUCAGUAGUUGUGGCUCGCGGGCUUAGUUGCUCCGCGGCAUGUGGGAUCUUCCUGGACCAGGGCUCAAACCCGUGUCCCCUGCAUUGGCAGGUGGAUUCUUAACCACUGCACCACCAGGGAAGUCCCCUUUGCUCAUUUUUAAACUGGGUUGGUCUUUUUAUUGUUAUAAGAGUUCUUUGUAUAAUCUGGAUACUAGACCCUUAUGUAUAAUUUGCAAAUAUUUUCUCCCAUUAUGUGGGUUAUCUUUUCACUUCCUUGAUAGUAUCCUUUGAAGCACAAAUGUUUUGGAUGUUGAGGACGUCCAAUUUAUCUUUUUGUUUGCUUGUGCUUUUGGUAACGUAUCGAAAAUACUAUUGCCUAAUCCACCAUCACAAAGGUUUACACCUUUGUUCUGUUCAAAGAGAGAUAGGUUUAGCUCUCACAUUUAGGUCUUUGAUCCAUUUUGAGUUAAUUUUUGUAUGUGUUGUGAGUCGGGGUCCAACUUCAUUCUUUUGUAUGUAGAAAUCCAGUUGUUCCAGCACCACUUGUUGAAAAGACUAUUCUUUACUCCAUUGAAUUAUCAUGACAACCUUGUUGAAGAGCAGUUGACCAUAAUUGUGUGGGCUGCUUUUUAAAUCUGAAUUUAAAUUAAAGUUAAAUAAAAUUAAAAAUUCAGUUUCUCAGUCACACAAGCCACAUUUCAAGUACUCAGUAGCCACAUGUGGCUAGUGGCUGCCAUAUUGAAUAGAUCUUCCACAUGGCAGGAAUCCUGUUGGAUAAUAGCACUGUUGUGGAGUUUCUGUAAUUAGGGUGCAUGUCUGGCCCAUAUCCCAAUUUCCAAUCACAUAUGCUAUCUAUCAACUUCAUAAUGGAAGAAAAUACCACACUCACUGGAUUUACCAUUAUUUGAAGAGAGAGUGGUGGUCAGUGUCCAUGUAAGUGAGGGUAUAUUUGCUAUGUCGAAAUUUCUGAUGGGUUUGCUUUUUCCUAUUUCUCCUUUCUUAAACCUUUCCCCAAAGGUAGGAAGGAGGGAGGGGUUGGAGAACUUGUUUCCUAACUUUAGUAUACAUCAGAAUCACCCCAGCUUCCCCCUGCU